AUGACAACGAUAGGACUAGUGCUACGCCAGGUCGCCAACGAUAGGAGGGACAACGACGCACUUACGACAACGAUUACUUCAGACAUUGAUGCAAUCACGACAGUGACGAUCAGCGGCAGCGAAGCGAUCACGACUCUGACGGUAUUCAGUGCAGACGGCGAACCGGUUACCGCAGAGCUGACCCUGUCAGUGGGUGAUACCGCGCUACCAAACCCGAGUGCAUACACUGGCACAUCUCUUACCACACCUUUGACAAGCUCGGUUCCAUCUGCUACCAAUGCCGCCGGGAGUGCGAGUCGGCACGCACUGCCGUUGAAGCCAGCCGUGCCCAUUGUAUGUGGUGUCAUAGGAGCCUUAAUCAUUGUCCUCGUGAUCGCACUCCUUGCUUUACGGAGGAGCAUACACCGCCUUGAGCGGAAUCUGUCCGCUAUAGUACACGGCUGCGCAACAGCACUCCCGCCAACGGAGAUCAGCGCGUCAGAAUGGGACUCCCCCCCUCAUGAAGGGAAUAUUUACGACAUACCGACUCAGUCCCUUUCCCCCAGAUCCACUCCUACGCAAAACCCUCAAGCUCCUGAUGACCUAAGACUUGCCGUCAAGUCAGCGCCCAAGGAGUCGCAGACCGAAAAUCCGGAGCAAGCCGUCAUCUACAGCCCUAUCGCCGUUGCAGAUCCAUUUUCGACGUCGCGUCAGCUCAUCGUGAAUGGAACGCAGGAUUUGGAAGGCACCCCGCUCGGGGUGCUGGCGCGGGAGGUCGAGCUUGUUUCUGCUGCGCGUACUACAGAGGAAGAGGAUCAAUGGCCGCCGCCGUCCUAUCUGGAGGCUGUGGGCUGGAGUGCUGCCCCUAAUCCCUUGUGA